UACGUUGGAUUUCGCGCUGCGCAUGUUAAAUCUUACCGCCGCUUGUGCAAAGUGUUGCGUUUUCAGUUCAACUUGCAUUAUCGUACUUCCAUCAUGCCUCCACUCAAGAAACACAAACCAUACCAGCUGCCAUCCGACUUCGAGCCGCUUCUGGCACGGUUAGGGAUAGAGUCAGCGCAGGACGGCGCGCAACAGCGUGCAGCGUUUGCUCUCUUCGGGCGAAACAUCACCUUCGAGGCGAUGGAAUGGAACCAAUCGCACUACUAUCUGCUUCGGAGCUGGUUUCGGGAUGGGAGGAGUGAACGUGCGCCCACCCGCGGUCCGCUGCUCGGCAUGAACGGUGCCGCUGCCAGACCGUUCCGUACGUCCACUACCAUGCGGCCGAACUUGGAGAGUUCCUUGCCGCGAUCGAACAUGACGCCGUACCCGGUCGUGGUACCGUUCCAGCGCAUGGAAGCACCGUUGCCCCAGGAAAUUCUGAACGAUCGCAAUAAGCUGCUGGCGUACCAUAAAGUCCACUGGAGGCAGGUGCGCCUGGAUUGGACCCAUCACCGGAAGCUUCACCUGGAGAACUUUGCGCCCAGUUUGGAGGCGAUUGAGACGUACCGCGUACAGCCGACGAACGAUUAGUGUGCCGGUGCGAUACGGUUGUAGUUGAAUUCAAACUUUCCCUUUGGAAUUACUCAAUAAACGCAGAAACCGUUGCGUUGCGCCAUUAUGCUUCAACGUUCCUAAUAGCUGCAACGCGACAAAACGGCCUGUGCUUUUGUAUGUUGUGAUGAGAGAAAACAAUUGCACCGAAUGUUUACGUGCGCAUAAAUUACAUCGUUUUUGAUUAGUGUAUCAUCCGCACUGGUCCAGGCUACUUGUAAAUGCACUCAGCUUUCCCUUCCCUUUCCCAAUUGAUUAAUGUCGCCCGUAAUUAGUCACCAGUGCGUGUGUGUGCAAUUGGGGAUGUAGCAUCGUUAUUACACCACCACCGCAGGGCGAUAGCUGUAACGGGCCGGAUGAUGCAUUUGCUUGGCGCAUGACCUACGAUCCCUCCCGCAGGGCUGCUACGUCAAUCCGACCGUCCGGGUGGCGCGGUUUAUCAAUCGCCACGUAAAUACUGCACCGGUGGAGCGAUAAAAGGGCACCAUACGCCAACGGGUCCAGUAUUUAUGUUUGCAAGUGCGCCAACUUUGACCCUCCGCCUCCCAGAACACGUGCACGGCACAGAAUAUUAGAGCAUGAUAUGAAACCUCUAAGUUGGUGUGAUAAAGGCACCACAACACGGUGGAGCCGUGCGAUAAAACCCCAAAAUGUUUGUGGCGAUCGUGUUCGCAGCAGCAGCAGCAGCUCCGGCUGCACCACCCGGAAGGCUUAACUUUGAUGCGGUGUUUGUCCGAGGUGUUUUGAUCCGAGUUUUGGCAGGCAAACGUGCUUAGUUCCUUGUAAACGAUCAUGGAGGAUAUCGUAUCAGGUGUGUCCGGUGUCAACAUUAUCAGUAACGGGUAUCCAUGCAACACGGAAUAGUACAUUAUAAGUCCAUAUCAUUUAAUCACCGGUAAAGCCGGCAGUGUAAAGCCGACCACAAAAAUGACGUC